AUGAGAGUUGGCAGAAUUACCACAACUAUCACUUCCGCCUCACCAUCGAGCGACUCCAUCGACGUCGUCGUGACAUCUCCGUCGUUGUCAUCGUCAGCAAAUACCGUCAUAAAAGAUACUCCACUUCCAGGGAUAAAAUUACCUAAAACAACAAUUCAAUGGUCUGAGGCCAACGCAUACUUCCAUUCUCAAAGAUCAGCUCUACCAAACAUCACCGACAUUGAUAACUUCACCAUCAAUUUCCAGUCAUCAAUAUACAACUACUUUGCUUCAACCUACGGCACAAUUAAACAACAAACAAAUUCAACAACAAUAUUCGACAAACCAAUCAACAAACUAAAGAAGGAACUGAAACAACUAAAGCUGCUAGGCCGUAACAACCACAACUUCGACCUUCAAAUUAAAACGCUAAGCAAACAAAUAAGAUCAAGGAUAGCAUCAACAAAACGAAAUAAACUUGAAAAAACACUUAAUAUCACAAACCAAUUAAAACACAAAUUUUGGGCGACGUGUGAAAAAUUAUUCAACCCGACGCCUAAUUUGCUACCUCAGUUUGGCGUCGACAAAUGUAAACAAUUUUUCAACAACAUUUUAAACGAUCAAUCUUGCAAUAAACAUUCCCUACCAAAUUGGAUUAAAACAUUACCAAACCCUUCAAUAGCCUGUGAUACCAAUCCUCCCACGUUUAAUGAAAUCUCUUCAAUUAUCCGGAAAUGCAAUUGGAGAGCAUCUCCUUGCCCUUUGGACCAGAUGUCAGUAAUAGUUCUCAAAAAAUGUCCAAUACUCCACACAAUCCUUCAUCAGUUACUGAGAAAUUUCUUUCAUCUGGAAUCUCAGCUGGGAAGUCUCCAUCUUGAGGUGGUUCCCAAGAGACUGUUGAAUGCUGGCUGCAAACUCUUCUUCGAAAAUAACUUUUAA